GUGUGGAGUCUAAGCAAAAUAACUGUGUCUUCUUCGUAUUAACUAUUCUCGUUGUUGUUGUUGUUGUUUUUAGUGUUAAUAUCAUCGUCGUUGUGUUCGUUCUUGUUGUUGCUGGCUUUCGCGGUUAUUGGAUUUUUAUUUUGAGGCCACGUCGCAGCUGCUGUUGCUGGCGCUGUUUCGUCCAUUUUUUUUUGUUUUUGUUUUGUUUGAUAAGUGAAACAGAAACCGCGUUUGGCUUUGGCUUAAGCUUUGGCUUUGGCUUUCGCUUUGGCGGCAACAUCCGCGUGUGCGAGAAAGGAGUGAAAAAACCAAAUAUAUCGCGAGUGUAAAUCGAAAAACGCGCAAAUUCCAAUCCCAAAUGGCUCUAAAGAUGAUGAAGUGGCUGGCAGCAGACGCCUGGCUAGGAUUGGCAUUGGCAUUGGCAAUGGGCUUCUCCUCGUUGCCUCUGGCCGAGGGCGGCUCCUGUCGAGAAGCGCAGCUCUGCUGCAAUGGCCGCGAUUCGUCGUGCGUGGUGCAGAAAGCGCCCAUCAAUGCCAUCAUCGAGGACCUCAGCGAUAAGCCGUGCUAUUGCGAUCACGCCUGCCUCAAGCUCGGCGACUGCUGCGACGACUUCAAGGAUCAUUGUGGGGUGCUGGACUGCCAAGUGGGCGAAUGGGGGGCUUGGGGCGAGUGCGACAAGAGCUGCGGCAGCGGGAUGAUGCAGCGCACGCGCCAAAUCCUUCAGGCGGCCCAAAACGGGGGCAAACAUUGCCCCACGCUCCUCCAGAAGCGCGCCUGCCAGGGAUAUCGCUGUCAUGGCCAUCGCGAUAAGAAGAUUUUGCGUGAAAUGGCCUUGCUCCUCCCGGCUUCCCUCUCGCACAGCCACAGCCACAACACGAACGAGAGCAGCGAGUUGAGACGCAACUUGCGCACGCGCUAUCGCGAUUCCUACAAGCACAAUCGGGAUCAUGAAUACUGCGUUGAGUUCGAGGUGAUAAAGGCAUCUAAAGCGUGCCACAAGCUGCCGCCCUACAAUCUGAUGCUGGAAGGCGAUCGCAUCACAGUGCGCUGUGACCUCGAGGCUCUCAUUCAGGACAAGGAGCAGCAGGGAAGCAGCAGCAGCGGAGGAAGAGGCGCCUCCACAAUGACAACAACAAGCACGACGACGACGACGACGACAAGUACACACAAGGCACAUGGCUAUCUGAUGGAGGAUGGCGGCGAUGAGAGUAAGGACAUCAGCAGCAGCAGCAGCGGAGGCAACAAUAAUGACAACGAGGACAAUGAGGAGGAACAGCAGCAAUUGGAAGAAGACGACAGCGAGGAGGAGGAUGCACAGAACAUGCUCGAGACGGAAGCGGAAAUGGGAUUAGGAAUGGGAAUGGGAACUGGAGCGGAUGCGGAAACGGAAACGGGAGGCGACAGCGAGAGCAGCAGCAACGAGCAGCAAUUGAAGCGCCAACGGCAAUCGCAUCGUUCUCGUAGCGCGACGUCGACAGCGUCGAAGCGGAGCAGCAACAGCAACAGCAAGAGUGCCACAGUGCCUGCCAUGCCACAGUCGUUGCAGUUGCAGCAACAGUUGCCACUCAGCUACCAUUGCCGUGGCGAGGGGCUGUCGGGACGCACGACGCGCUGGAGCGCUCUGGCGGCGCCUUCGUGUCGCGGCAAAUGGCUGCGCCUGACCAUCGGUCCGCCCAAGAAGUGCAACCACGCGCAGUUCAUAUUCAUCUAAGCGAGUGAAUGAAUACGAGUAUGAGUGUAUGAGUGUAGGGUAUACGCCUAGUCUAUGUAGCGAAGAAGAGUUCACAGAGAAAGGAAGAGAGAAGUGGAGUUCGAGCUGGAGUUCGAGCUAGAGUUCGAGCUAGACUUCCAGCUAGAGUUCGAGCUAGAGUUCGAACUAGAGUUCGAGCUAAAGUUCAAGCUAGAGUUCGACUUGAAGUUCGAGUUCGAGUAGGAAUUCGAGUUCAAGUUUGAGUUGGAGUUCGAGCUCAAGUUCGAGGCUAAGUUCGAUAUCGAGUUGGAGUUCCAGUUCAAGUUCGAGUUCGAGUUCGAGUUCUUCAGAUGCUCGCUCAUUCAUAUCACAAACCCGCAGCCUAAUCAUAUCGAUCUUCAACACCUCCCACACACAUAUACACACCUACACACACACCUGCACACACAUUCGAAGAGAGAAGAGAAGAGCAGAACUCGCAUGUAAGUGUUUAAGAUUUAAGCAAAGUUAAUUAAGUAACAAAAAAGUGUUUUUUUUUUGUGUCCCUUCCCCCAAAUGUCCGAGUCCGCAGCAUAGUAAAUCGCAUAGUAAUUUAGUAGUGACGAAAGUGGAAAAUAUUGAAAAAGUACAGUAGUAACUCGCUGCAGCACUCGCUGCCUUCUAACUGUACCCCAAGUUGUAAAUAGAAUAUAAACAUUCUCCUCCAAAAAAAAGACGCGAACGCUACUUUCCGACACAGUUCAUAGUGAAAGAUCAAAGAAAUAUGUGUGAAAAAUAUGAAGAUAAAAUAAAGCUAAAGAUGAUGAUGAUGAUAUAAUACUAUAACUAUAACCAUAAUUAUAAUGAUAUUAGCCCCCCCAAAAUAUACACAUGAUUAUUGUCACUAGAGAGAAAGCGAACCAGAGAGAGAAGAGAGAGAAGCAAGAAUUAGCAUAGAAUCCCGCCCCUAACCCAACCACGCCCCUCUUCCAAAAGGGGGAACUAACGAACUAGCUGAAAUCGGAAAUGAAUCGAGGCAUUCAAUCGAUCGAUCCCCGUUUGGUUUAGCUAUAAGAAACAAUUAAUAAUUUACGCAUACGCAGUGUGUACAUCAUGCUUAACCAUUAGUUCAUAGUUUUACUUGCAAACUAAAAGUAGUAACUAAGCACACACACACACACACACACACACACACACACAAAUAAUUCUGCCACUGAAAUAAUUCUGAUAAAGUUCAUUCUGAUUACUUUAAAGUCCGUCUGUCUGACAUCAAUCCAAUUCGAGUUAGUAUUUUAUGUUCAAUUUUUAUGCCCGCUACAGGGGAGAAGGGUAUUAUAACUUUGUGCACGUAUAUAUAUUCUCGAUCAGCGUCCGUCUGUCUUUCCGUCCGUCCGUAUGAACCCCAAGAUCUCAGAGACUAAAAGAAAUACAAAUAUCAUUUUUUUGACAGCAUUUUUAAUAUUUAAAAGCAGAUAAAGUUUACUUCAAAUGUUUGCCACGCCCACUACCAACAAAAAUAAAAAAAACAAGAGGUAUUUUGAAGCUAGACUCCCGAAUUUUGGUACAUUUAAUAUUAACUACAGUAUUUAUGAUUCCUAAGUUAGUUUAGGUCUCAUCUCAUACAAAUUGUAGAAGUUAUUAAAGGAAAACUUUGAUGCUUUGGCUGAAAACCUGGUAUAUUUUGCCAUCUAUGAUAUAUGUCGAAUGUAGUACUUCAUCGAUAUACCAAAUACAGCCUUUGGUAUUUUUUUUAGCAUUUCUGUGGUAUAUAAACUUUUUAUAUUUUCAAUGUAGCACUUUAUCAAUAUACUAAAUAUAGCAUUUGGUAUAUUUUAGUAUUUUCCGGUAUAUUGUUUGGUAUAUAUUUAAGAAUAAUACCGCACUGUUUUGCUUUUAUUCAAAAGGGGUAGCGGGUAUUUACAUGUCAUUAUUAUUAUUUUUAUUAUCAUUAUUAUUAUUAUGAUUAUUACUAUUAUUUUUAUUUUAUUUAUUAUUAUUAUUAUUCCAUCUUAAGAGAGAUAACUGUGAACUGCCAACUGUUCCUAUAGCUGAGAUGCAGACUUGAAAUAUCUGCUGCUAUUAUUUUGUUCAAUUCAAUUUUAAUAGUGAAUCAGAAAAGUUAAACGGCACCAAGCAGCACAACAAAAUUUGUUGCUAACUGUAACACACACACACACAUAUAUACACACACUCAAACACACACACUUCAUUUACACACACACGUACAGAAAGAUAUUCAUCAAAAAGAAAAAGAAAAUAGAAACAUUUGCAGCUUGAUGUCAGAAAAAAAAAGCAAAGCAAAAAGAAUGAACAUGAUUAAGAAAAUAACGCAAAUGCAAGUCAAAGUCAAAAAUGAGAAUCCAAGAAACAAAUGAAAUUCGAAUAAUAAGAAUAAUAAUAAUAAUUACAUAAUACUAAAUAAUGGUCAUGAAAUGGAAAUCGAGAAAUUCACAAUAAAGAAACAAGAAUAUUAUUUUAAAACAAA